CAAUAUUGCAAGUACAAUGACAGUAUUUAUCUUUGACAUAUGCAAAUGCACAACUAAACUUCUUUUAGAUUGGCUGAAUCACAAAUACACAUACAGGAUAUGAAGGCAUUGGUUCCUGUUCAAUGAGAUAGAGGUGAAUUGAUGCUAUUUUCAAAGACAACAAAACAGUGGCACUCUAGAAUCCAUUUGCACAUCUGUAAACGUAGCUCUCGAAUCAGUUUACAGACCCCAGGGUGAUGAUUUCUUUCAGGACUCUAUGUUUCUUUCAUCUUCUGGUCUUAGGAGGAUGUGAGGAGAUAUGGUCUGUUCAACUUCCUCAAAAUGUGACGGCAUUAGAGGAUGCGUGUGUGUUGAUACCAUGCAUAUAUGAUAUCCCUGAUUUUGAGAGUGAACUGAACAAAUCUGGCUCCGUCUAUGGACUUUGGAUUAAAACAGAUCACUCGUAUGAAAACAACCCAGUAGUUUUUAAUGGCAGCAGUGACAAAACCCUGCUGUUUGACCGAGUCGAGAUUAUUGGAAAUCUUAGUUCAAGGAAUUGUUCGACAGUCUUUUACAACGUCAACCAGAGUCAUGCAGACAAAUACUACUUCCGCAUCGAGAUGAACCACACCAGAGGCACAUUCAUCGACACAUAUGUUCAACUUAUGGUGAAAGCUGAUCUGACGGAUCCACAGCUGUCAGCCCUGUCAUCAUCAGAGGUGGCAGAGGGGUCAGUUGUUACUCUGAACUGCUCAGCUGAUACUUCCUGUCCUCAGUACCCUCCCACCAUCACCUGGUCAAUCCACACUGCGAAGACACAAACCCAUACCCACAUACAAGAUGACGGACAUGGCAGGAGAACCCUCACAUCACGCUUGACCUUCACUGCUUCCCGUAGUCACCAUGGAAGAGACAUCUUCUGCACGGCAUCUUACCAUAGACACAACCGGAGCAACUGGGAGGCAAACAGCACUUGGCAGACCCUCAGUGUCCUGUUCCCUCCUGAGGUCGUGGAGGCGUCUGUGAGUCCUUCAGGUGUCCUGGCAGAGGGCAGUAGCGUGACACUGAGCUGUAACAGCAGUGAGGCCAACCCUCCGGUACUCAACUACACCUGGUUUAGAGACGCCCAGACUUCCUCACCUGUCGACUCUGGACCAAACAUCACCCUCAACAUCAGCUCCAAUAACGCAGGAAUCUACUACUGUAGGGCUGAACACCCACAGGGGGCCAAGGAUUCUGAACAAGUUUCAGUGAGACUGUAUACUCCACCAGACGCAAACAAUUUAACUUACCUAAUCAUCGGGGUAGCGGGAGGAUCUCUGGCUGUGCUCCUUUUAGUUGUAAUCAUUUGUGUGGCGAGACGGUACAAGCCCACAUCACCACAGCAACAAAGUUCUGAUGGCGAGACCUCGGCCACCUGUGAAGACGACGGAGCCCAACAUGUACAGGUAGCAGCCAACUCCCUGGAGGAGCAGCAGGAGGAGGAGAUCCACUAUGGGGAGAUCGACUUCUCCAAACUCCCGCUGAGAGACACCAGCCAAACAGGCCAGGGGAGCCAUGGUCAGAGGCUGGGUUCAGAUGAGGAGAGGGACCUGGAGACGGAGUACGCAGAGGUACGGCUCUCUGGAAAACAGGUCACCCAGACUGAUGAUGAUGAUGAUGAUCACACAGCGGCAAACAGCACUCAAAACAUUUACGCCAAGGUGAAAAAAAGUAGCUGAGAUCAAUUUGUCGUCUGAGACGUAGACUGUUUUAAAUCACGCACUUGUGCACUUCGGGCACUGUGUUUCAGUGCCCAGGGUGCUCACGAUGAAAAUGCCAGUUGAGCCAGUGCACUGAAAGUGCCAGGAUGAUCCCCUAACAAUGGCGGAAAAAUUCAGUGCUUGAAUGAUGGACACUGCACGCACUAAACGGUGGCCAUGUUGACAAUGACAAGGAGGAAAUGUGGCAUUCAGUUCAGUAGAAGAGUUUGGUCAACAGUCUCCUAAUUCUGUAAGUAAUGUUGAUGGGACACCAACCUUUUCAUGCCAACCAAAGUAUUGUAUGUGUGAUUGUUGUCCUUUGGGGUGAAGGAAAUUGAAAUACAAGCACCAGACGCUGUGCAUUGUAAACAGUAGCCAACUGAUAUUUUGGCGAGCUAAUGCCAUGCUCAGUCGUCACUUCUGGCAAGGGCACAGUGUAGUGCUCAAUUUUUCCCACGACACUAUGCACUAAAUACCCCAGUGCGCUGUCAAGUGCGUGAUUUGAGACAUACAGGUAGCCGUAGACUUUCGAAAAGCCUAUUUUCUCAUACAUUUAGUUCAGUUGUAUUGAAAUAUUGAGCAGAUUUUGUAUUUAUUGUAAAUCUGAAUGAAACAUUUUUCUGUUGAAUCUUUUGUAUUUUUGUGUUCUGACUUAUGUCACUGAAUAUUUAUGUUUGAAUAGUAUCUGUGUGUUUGUUCAUGUGUGUAUUCUGAACAUGCAAGUGCUUUAGUAGUAGUUAAUUAAAU